AUGGCCACUUUUUUGAAUUCCCUGGGCAUUGCGACGGCCGUAUUUGCGGUUGUUUGGUUCCUACGAAGGACAAAGUCUCUACCCCAAGCGCGACCGCAGCUAGAAGUUCCAACGAAUUCGGGUCUGGUAAGCAAGCUCGCAAAGGCGCUGCCACACAUUGUGCUUUUGCAUCGCGAUGAAGACGCCUUUCGCAAAUCGAUAAACACCUACUGGGCCCAACAGGAGCGCGAGGUCGUGCAAGCCUGCAUCGUCCAGCCACGUGAUGUUGGUGAGUUGGCCAAGGCCAUCGACAUCCUUAAACGGGAAUAUGACGAGCGGAGGACGCUGCCGAGGAAAGAAUCUGAUGGUGUUUUGUUCGCUGUCCGGGGCGGUGGCCAAUCUCCUGUACCAGGCGGUGCAAGCGCCAAAGGAGGCGUGUUGAUCGACCUCUCUCUGUUUCGGGAAGUGACGAUCUCUGAUGACAGAGAAAGUGUAACCCUGGGAGCAGGGGUUCGUUGGGCUGAAGCAUCGCGGAUCCUGGAUGAGAAGGGUCUCGGCGUUGUAGGAGGCAGAAGCUCUGAUGUCGGUGUGGCUGGGUAUACAUUGGGGGGCGGUAUAUCCUUCUUCACACCACGCUUCGGUCUGGCCUGCUCGAAUGUCCUAGCCUACGAAGUCGUUCUCGCCUCAGGUAAGAUUGUUACGGCCACUGCCUUGUCGCACCCCGAUCUUUGGCGUGCCCUUAAAGGCGGCUCGAACAAUUUCGGCAUCGUCACCCGCUUUACAGUGCGCUGCUUCCCGUCCACGCAAAUCUGGAGUGGGUUCAUGUACGCUCCCAAUUCCCAGUCCACCAAGGCGCUCAUGGCCUUACAUGAGAGUGCAAAACACGCCGAUCCCAGAAUACGCGGAGGGGCUGUCGAUACACACGCCGCGGCGCCUAUCGCCUGUUUCACCUACAUACAGGGGUUAGGCAUGCAAACAGUCACGGUCCAUCUGGCCUACACAAAGCCACCGGAAGAGCCCAAUAAAUGGCCGGGUUACUGGAAGAACUCGGGGUUCGCAACUCUCUGGCGCUUCUGGAGCACCUUAAAAUGGUCCUUCGGUACUACGACCAUCAAGAACGAUUUGCCCACGAUGUUGGCUGCACGUGCCGCCCAUGAGGAGGCCAUUACCUCCUUGCGGAAGGUCAAGGGGUUGAUCUGGACGAUUGCCAUGCAACCGUUCCUGCCCUCGUGGGCAGCGAAAGGCGACGCAAAUGUGCUCGGCAUUCAUGAGGGAACGGAUGAUGCGCUCCUCAUCCUCAGUUUCUCCGUGUAUUGGCGGAGUGCGGGGGAUGACAAGCGUGUCUACGCUUCUAUACGCGAAACCAUUGAGAAAAUCGACGCGUUCGCCACGGCCAAUGGGACAGACCAUCCAUUCCGCUACCUGAACUACUGUGCGCAGUGGCAGAGACCGUUGGAAGGAUACGGCGAGGAGAAUCUACGCUUCCUGACGGAGGUCAGCAGAAAGUAUGACCCAGACGGGCUGUUUCAGAAAGGCUGCACAGGGGGCUUCAAGCUCCAUCCUCAAAUCUAA